AUGGAGGAGCUGCUCUAUCGAGAGGAAGAAGACAAUGGGUGGAGGUGCUGGAGGCACCGCGCUGCGCAGCAGCCAACCGGCGGUGUCUGCGCCGUCUGCGUGCGAGAACGCCUCCUCGGGCUCUGCCCCAACUGCGUGAUGAAGAGGUCCUUGUGCAAGUGCUUCUCCUCGUCCUCCGCCUCAUCAUCCUCUUCGCUGUCCUCCGGCUCCUCCCUCGACGUCCACAGGAGCGGCGCCGGUUCGCACGUCGGCGCCGUCGGCCGCGUCUCCAACCUCAUCGACUCCGAGCCUGCCUUCCGCCGGUCCAGAUCUGCCGGAUUCCGCCGGCUAUGGCCAAGAUCCGGCGUGCUCGAAGCCAAUGCCGGCGACGGCGAAGGGGGAGGGCGGUCCUCGCUCUGGCGAAUUCACGGAGGAAAGGAAGAGAACGAGAAAAAUGCGAGCAAUGUGGCGGCGGCGAUGAGGGUGUCGAGGUCAAGGUCUGUUGGGGCCGGCGCGGCCAAAGGCGCCGACAAAAGCUCCGGUGGGGAGGAGGUCAAGUCGAAUGGGUGGAACCGCUACUUCCCGAUCUCCUUUUGGGCAUUGCGGCGCCGGAAAUCCUCCAAGGUCAUACAGUCAAGAUCGCCACCCGCAGAGGCAAAGCUUCCCACCGACACACAAAAUUAUCGGAAGGGGGUUAAAAAUCCCCGUUAA